AUGAACUUCAAAGAUAGGUUACUUGGUCGAUCUUCCCGAGACGACGGGAGCGCACGCGACUCCUUGGCACUGCCGAGAUUUUCGUUCGAAGGGGACGGUCGUUGGCUACUUAGCACGCAGCGUCUGUUCCUGCAGUGGGAGCAAGAAGAGUCAGGGUACGAGGCUGGCCGCGAGAACAUGGAGGAGGGCCUUCGUAAAGGCGAAGAAAUCAUUAUCACCUGGGACGGCCCGAACGACCCUAGCAACCCUCUCAACUGGAACAGCAAACGCAAAUGGGUAGCUACCAUACUUGUGUCGCUGUUCACGUUCAUAUCGCCAUUCUCAUCGACUAUGGUAACACCUGUGUUGCCGGACAUUGGGGAUGACUUUGAUAUACCGGAAGGCUUUAUGCGCCAACUGGUCAUGACCAUAUUCCUUCUUGGCUACGCUCAAGGGCCAUUUGUACUUGCGCCACUAAGCGAGAUCUUCGGGCGCGUUACGGUCUUACAGUAUGCCAAUCUAGUGUACCUGCUUUUCAACACUUGCUGCGGGUUUGCGCAGACCAAGGAGCAGAUGCUUGCUUUUCGGUUUCUUAGCGGUCUAGGCGGAGCUGCACCCCAAGCUUUGUGUAACGGCGUCCUCGCUGACACCUGGUCAAAAGAAGAACGUGGGAAAGGCCAGGCCAUAUACGGCAUCUUGACAUGGCUGGCACCGUGUGUAGCACCAAUUGUCGGCGCAUAUAUAUCCACAGGCGCGAAUUGGCGCUGGAUCUUCUUCGCCACAUCCAUCUUCACCGUCCUCGUUCAGCUCACCGCACUCUUCUUCCUACGCGAGACGUUUGCACCCGCCAUCCUCGGCAAAAAAGCAAAAGCUGUCAGGAAAGCGAUGAAGGGCAUUCGGAACGAUGUGGUUGUGCGGACUGAGUUUGAAACAGGAGAUCGUAUGAGCAAGAUACUGAGGAAGAGGUUGAUCCUGCCGUUCAUCAUGAUGUUCACCCAUCCCGCAACUCAGGCACCCUCGAUCUAUCGCGCCUUUCUGUACGGUGUCAUGUACUUGAUGCUCUCGACGUUCCCGAUGGUGUUUGAGGAGGUGUAUGAUAUGGACACUGGGCCUGCGUCGCUCAACUACUUGUCGCUUUGCUUGGGCUUCAUGAUCGGCUUGCAGAUUUCGCAUCCGCUUAUCGAUCGGCUGUAUGAACGGAUGAAGACUUACUACAAGCUCACCGAAGGGGUUCCAGAGUUUCGUGUUCCGCCCAUGAUCAUAGCAGGCAUCCUCUGCCCUAUUGGUCUUUUUAUCUAUGGUUGGAGCGCACACAACGCCGUUCACUUCAUCGUCCCCAAUAUCGGUGCCGUCAUCAUAGCAGUCGGCCUUAUAAUCGGGUUUCAAUGCUCUCAAGCAUACACAACCGACGCGUACGAAGCCAACUACGCAGCCUCCGCAGCUAGCGUAGGAGCUUUCAUGAGAACUAUGUGCGGCUUCAGCUUUCCGCUUUUCGCGCCAAAGAUGUAUGAGACAUUGGGUUUGGGAUGGGGAAACAGUUUGUUAGCAUUCUUGACUUUGGCAGUGGGUUUAGUAGGGCCUGUUGGACUGUGGUUCUAUGGGGCUAGGCUAAGGCAAAUGAGCUGGAGGGGCUUGGGAUAG